AUGAUAAAUUUGUGUUCCCGGGAUGAAUAUAGUUCAAAAACUAAACCUUAUUUAAAUAAAGCAGAAAUCUUGUGUAAACUCGGUCGUUUGUUCUCACCAACUUCGGAUUCAGAUCAUUUAUUAAGUUUCGUUACAACUAAUCAUAAAAUUAUUGUUAUAUCGGACAAAUUAGAUCGCCAGUUGAAAAAAUUAAAUGAUCUUGUUAACAACACGAAACGUGCUAUAUCGGAUUUGUAUAACAAAUUCCUUCCUCAUCAUAGUUUGCCUGGAUAUAAUAUACAGACAGAUUCAUUAUUAGAGAUUUUGUUGCCUGGGUUUUCAAUGAAACAUCAGAAAUGCUUUGCUUUGCAGUCAUUCAAAGAUGCUUCCUCAUCGAGUUAUGAUCUUUCACUUUCUGUAUAUAAACAACAAAUGAAGGAUCAUUUUGAUUAUAUAUCGUCAGCACUUAAAAAUAUGUUCACAAAAGGUACUUCAUGUGAUUUAUGUUCCAAGCGCUUCAAAAUAACAAGAGUCAUUACAGACCAAAUUAUCUCCGAAUGCAAUCCUUGUGAUUUAUGUUCAUUAUGCUCAGAAGAUCUAUCAGUAUAUCCCACAUUUGAUUGGCUUAUGCGUUUUGAACAUUAUUGGUCCAGUUCUACCUCAUCUAGUGUGAACAAUGAGGAAAUUGUUGAUCUAACUGAUGAAACGGAUUGUGGAAAUUAUGGCAUUUUGAUUCUUCUGUGUAGCCCUGUUUCCACUGCUCUUCGACUUUGUAUAAAUCAAAUUCAAGAGUAUUUGGCUCAAUUGGAACAAAUUCUUCAAUCACAUGAGAACCGAUUAAAUGAAAUCAUUUCACGCGUGAAUCAAUCGUUAAUUCAACAACUACCAAGCUGUUUGAUGGAUUUCAUCAAUAAGAUGUGCAGUUCACAAGAUCCAUCAGUUUUUACCAAUCAUUCUGACUUAACCUAUGAACUCUGCAAAAUAUUGUGUGUUUUCCUUACAUUCAAAGUGAAUUUGUUGCCGUGUAUUCAAUUGAUCGAACAUAUUUUAUCAUCACUAUGUGUAUUUAACGAUAUUAACGAGAAUACUCUACAAAAAUUAGGUUCUUAA